AUGGUUCACAAGUGGGUCGAAGGAGGCCAAAACGACAUGGUCAUUCCCAGUGACUCCAUGCUAUGGCACCCUAACUCGAAAGGGCACCAUAUCUACAACCUGAAUUUGGCCUUGAUCAUUUUCUCAACGGUUUUCAUAUCGUUGCGGUUGUAUGUUCGAAAGGCUAUCGUCAAGGCUUUGGGAUGGGAUGACUUCCUCGCGGUUCUAGCAUGGGCGCUCUGCGUGACUCUUUCCGCCCUGGAGAUGGAUACCACCCAUUACGGAACCGGCGCUCAAAUCGAAGAUGUACCCAAAGAUACAUUGCUACAGUUUCAGAAGAGACUCACAAUCAUGGAGCUAGUGUACCUUAUUGCAUCAGGAGUUGUUCGGCUGUCAAUUCUAGCAUUUUUGCCACGACUGUGCAAAGCCAAGAUUUACACCUGGAGCAUAUGGGGACUUAGGCUCAUCGUCAUCAUCAUCAGCUUGACGGGGUUCUUCUUCAUUCUGACAGAAUGCCAGCAAAUACCCGAGGUAUUCAACUAUGCAAGUACAUGGCGAGAAUGCAAGGACAAGCGAGAAGAGCGGGAUCUGAUGAUGGCCCAUGCAAUUAUCUGCAUUUUUGUCGACUGCAUGCUGGUUGCCCUCCCCCUUUGGGUGGUGACAAGUUACUUCAAGAUGGGAGUAAAGUCGAUUCAGAUCCUUCUUAUCUUCUCGCUAGGCAUCUUCGGUGUUGCCACCGGCAUUGUCAGGUUUGCCAUAAUCACGACGACAGACUUCACCGUGAACACAACAUAUAAGAUGCUGUCUGUCGCUGCCUGGACGGACGCUGAGCUCCACGUUGGUCUCUGGGGUUGA